AUGAACACCGACAAAUAUACAGACAAGGCCACCAAAGCCUUACAGGAUGCUCUCGAGCUGGCUAUCGAGCAUUCCAACGCAGAACUUUACCCUGUGCAUCUUGCAGUUGCCCUUCUCGAUCCUAGCGGAGAUGACGAAGAAGGACCUUCACUUCACCCCUCCCAUGGCAGCUCAAAGAGCUCCCUCUUCCGACAAGUCGUCGAACGCGCCCACGGUGAUUACCAACUCCUUCACCGUGGUCUCAUGAAGACACUAGUCAAGCUACCCAGUCAAGACCCUCCGCCAGAGUCUCGCAGCGUCUCCGCACCUCUCCGGAAAGUUCUCAACGCUGCCAACGAUUUGUCCAAGACCCAGAAAGACAGUUACGUCGCUGUGGACCACCUGAUCCAGGCUGUUUGCCAGGACUCACAAGUACAAGCCGCUCUCAAGGGAGCCAAUGUGCCCAACGUCAAAUUGAUCGACACUGCCAUUCAACAGAUUCGAGGUACAAGGCGCGUGGACUCUAAGACGGCGGAUGCAGAGAGCGAGAAUGAGAACCUCAAGAAGUUCACCAUCGACAUGACCGCUUUGGCUCGCGAGGGAAAGAUCGAUCCGGUCAUUGGUCGUGAGGAGGAGAUUCGCCGCGUGAUUCGCAUCCUCAGUCGACGAACGAAGAACAACCCCGUGCUCAUUGGUGAGCCCGGUGUGGGUAAGACCACAAUUGUCGAAGGUUUGGCCCGCCGGAUCGUGAACGCCGAUAUACCAGCCAGUCUCUCCCAAUGCAAGCUUCUCUCACUUGAUGUCGGCUCAUUGGUCGCCGGCAGCAAGUACCGUGGCGAGUUUGAAGAGAGACUAAAGGGUGUUCUCAAGGAAAUCGAAGAAUCCAAAGAGACCAUUGUUUUGUUUGUGGACGAAAUUCAUCUGCUCAUGGGCGCAGGUGCCAGCGGGGAGGGCGGCAUGGAUGCCGCCAACCUGUUGAAGCCUAUGCUCGCCCGUGGUCAACUCCACUGUAUCGGUGCCACGACCCUUGGCGAGUACCGCAAGUACAUCGAAAAGGAUGCCGCCUUUGAACGACGAUUCCAGCAGGUACUGGUAAAGGAACCCACCGUUUCGGAAACAAUUUCCAUCCUCCGUGGUUUGAAGGAAAAGUACGAAGUUCACCACGGUAGUGUACGGAUCCUCGAUGCCGCCAUUGUCACCGCUGCCACUCUUGCUUCACGAUAUCUCACAGCUCGUCGGUUGCCCGACUCGGCCGUCGACCUUAUUGAUGAGGCUGCUGCCGCCGUCAGAGUAGCCCGUGAAUCCGAGCCGGAAGCUCUUGACAGCUUGGAGCGCAAGUACCGACAGCUCCAGAUCGAGAUCCACGCUCUCAAGCGUGAAAAGGAUGAUGCUUCAAAAGAGCGUCUCAAGGCCGCUGAGCAGGAAGCAGCCAACGUCCUGGAAGAACUGCGUCCCAUGCGUGAGAAAUAUGAGGCUGAGAAGGCUCGCAACAAGGCCAUCCAAGACGCCAAGACGAAGCUGGACAACCUCAAGAACAAGCAAGAGGAAGCCGAGCGGUCUGGUGACACCGAAACCGCGGCAGACCUGAAGUACUACGCUAUCCCCGAAACCACUCAACACAUAGAAAUGCUCGAGAAGCAACGCGCACAAGCCGAUGAGGAGCGACGUAAUCGCCAGGGCGAUGCUGGAGAGCCUCUCCUUGCCGACGAGGUAGGCCCUGAUCAGAUCAACGAAAUCGUGGCACGGUGGACCGGAAUCCCAGUGACAAGGCUCAAGACCACCGAAAAGGACAAGCUGUUGCACAUGGAGAAGUACUUGGGCAAGAUCGUUGUCGGACAAAAGGAGGCCGUCACAUCUGUUUCGAAUGCGAUCCGACUUCAACGAUCUGGGCUCAGCAACCCUAACUCGCCUCCAAGCUUCCUAUUCUGCGGUCCCUCUGGUACGGGUAAGACGCUCCUCACAAAGGCCCUGGCAGAGUUCCUAUUCGAUGAUCCCAAGGCCAUGAUCCGAUUCGACAUGUCCGAGUACCAGGAGCGACACUCUCUCAGCCGCAUGAUCGGUGCGCCCCCGGGCUACGUCGGACACGAUGCCGGCGGCCAGCUAACCGAGUCCCUCCGUCGCCGACCAUUCUCCAUCCUCCUCUUUGACGAAGUCGAAAAGGCAGCCAAGGAGGUCCUCACCGUUCUCCUCCAGCUCAUGGACGACGGCCGCAUCACAGACGGCCAAGGCCGUGUCGUUGACGCUCGCAACUGCAUCGUCGUUAUGACCUCCAACCUGGGAGCCGAAUACCUUGCCAGACCAACAACCAAGGACGGCAAGAUCGACCCCCAGACCCGUGAGUUGGUUAUGGGUGCGCUCCGCAACUACUUCCUCCCCGAAUUCCUCAACCGUAUCUCCAGCACCGUCAUCUUCAACCGCCUCACCAAGCGCGAGAUCCGCAAGAUCGUCGACCUCCGCCUUAGCGAGGUCCAGGCCCGUCUUAUGCAGAACGGCCGCAACGUUGUCAUCGAAUGCUCUGAAGAAGUCAAGGACUACCUCGGGCAGGCGGGAUACAAUCCCGCAUACGGUGCUCGCCCGCUCGGCCGUAUCAUCGAGCGCGAGGUCCUCAACAAGCUCGCCGUCCUCAUCCUACGCGGCAGCAUCCAAGACGGCGAAGUCGCUCGUGUCAUCAUGCGCGACGGACGCAUUGAUGUCGUCCCUAACCAUGAGGUCCAGAUUGACGAAGAUCUGGAUAUGACUGAUGAGGAGGAGGACGCCAUGGCUGAGAUGGAGGACAACAGCGGCGAUAUGGAUCUGUACGACUAG